AUGACUCAGGAGCGCGUAAACAAUAAUAGUAACUAUACGUUCGUGUCAGAGGAUCCUUCUAAACCGAGAAAACAUCAACUCAAUUUUCACCUUAGCUCCGAAUACGUAAAAGAUUUAAAGUAUAUACCGGUUACAGCGAUGGAUCAUCACCACAAUUCUCUUCAGCAACAGCAACAACAGCACCAACAUAAUUUACGUCAUGCUGAUCUUCUACCGAAUCGUCAACCUGCUUCUUCGAUCACCCUUCCUUCUAUAAGAGAAUUGAUACAACUUCCUUUACCUUCGAUAAAUCAUCAAUCUAAUCCUCAUAUUCAACAAGAUUCCAUACCCUUAAAUUCGAGACCACAUCUUCCCCCUUUGCAACAUUCUUUCGACUCACCUCCUCCAUCUCAAAAUCCCACUUCGUUCAAUUAUAAUCAUAAUACCUCCAAUUCUUCUGUAAAUUCUGUAAAUUCUGUAAAUGAUCGUAUGAGUGAUAAUCAUAAUGUUUCUUCUCCAGAUGUUGCUCAUUACCAUGCUCAUCAUG